AUGGAUACCAGCCCGAUCGAGCAGCCCCCGUCGAAGCGGCGGCGAUUCCGGAUCCAGUCCGAGUUUGGUCGGGCGCGGCAGUGGAGAAGCCGCAAGAGCCGUCCUUGCGACACUUGCCGAAGGCGUCGCUUCUGUCGUGGGAAAGGUCUCGAGUGCAAAGCAACGUCUGAUCCAGGACCACCUAAGAAAGCAGCUCAAGAAGACGACUCGUCGCCCACGGAGUCCAGCCCUCUGGAAGCUGAGCCGGAUGUAGACAUUGGUAUUGAGGUUGCCAUCCAUGCCCCGCCUCCUCUGACUGCCGAACUUCCCGUGUUGUCCAACCUCAGUCCCGUCCGGCCCGUUGUCGAGCUGACAGCCGCAACCUUGUCGCCGCCAUGGACUAUCAACAAUGACGAGUCACUAGAGACUCCGCCUGCCAUUGCCAGCCCGGACAAUGCCAUUGCGGCACUACCUGCCAACAGCGGCCGAAAUCAUAGGCGCCGUACUACAGUCCACACGCUCGAGGAUGGACCGAAUCUCACCGCUCACUCGAUGGGGCUAUCAGGCGAGCAAGAUCCCGAGCUCCUGUCAUCCUUCAGAUCCGUGGUUAUGAACGAGGUGAACCGCGUCGACGCCGACAUCAUACAGCUCUGCGCCGGGGACAUUGUCACCAACCAGCCUCCAGUCCACUUCACCAUCCUGCAUGACGAGUUCGCUCCGCUUGACAUCAUUGCCAAGGAUGCAGCCUCUGACCGCAUGGAGGCCACCGUCGACGGCCACGGUGAUAACCUGGUGCGGUUAUACUUCAAACACGUGCAUCCAGUAUACCCCGUACUGUCCAAAACUCGCUUCCUUCGAGCCUAUGCCGAGGACAAGACCAAGAUCCCUGCUUCCCUGCGUGGUGCAGUAUAUGGAUUGGCCGCAAACUUUUGGAAACACGACCCGAGCAUGACGAACACUCUUGGGUUCAAUCAGCAUGAGCUCUUCGAGGAUGCCUUGGCCUGUUUGCAAAGAGAGUUGCACGGGCCAGACCUGUGGACGAUGCAGGCCUGUCUCCUGCUUAUGCACGAGAAUCCGGCUGCAAAUGCAACGAUCGAGUCACCACGAGUCUGGACACUGGCAGCGCAGGCGGUGGCCUGCGCCCAGAUGAUUGGGCUGCAUAGAGACCCCAUGGUGUGGAACAUUGCACCCUACGAGAAGUCCAUGCGCAGGAAGCUCUGGUGGGCAGCUUUCGCCGUUGACGUAUGGUCCUCUAUUUGCCACGGCAAUCCACCACACAUACACACUGACUCCUUCACGACGUCCCUCCUGACAAUGGAGGAUAUAGCCUUUGAUGAGGAGGUGCCGCCGGAGCUCAGCUACCUGGUUCAUGAAGAGGGCACGCGGCCAGACAUAUCUACGAGCGCUCGCUUUUACGAAUACACCACUCUCAGCCUCAUGCUGCACAGACUCCUCAUAGACUUCUAUUCGGAUGUCAAGUAUCAAGACACGAUGCAGGAUCCGGUGGCAAGGGAAGGGGCGUUGCUUGGCUUCAAGACAAAGCUACAUAACUGGGAGUCACUACUCCCACGAUGCGUUACUCUAGAGAUGACGACUCUGAAUUCGCCGCACUUGAACAACGCACCUCUCCAUCUAUCGUUUUACACCGGCGUGGCUCUGCUUUAUCGGGCCCUCAUGAGUCCUGUAACAAAAGCGGCCAAGCGGGAUCCAAACUCGAGUCUUCGACGCCAUUUCAACGAGGCCAUCAGGGCCUUUGCGCCAUUUACCAUGUUCAUGGGAGAUAUCACACCGGAAUGCCUACAUGCCUUUUGGGGGAACCAGGCUCGGUCACAGUUGAUUCUGUGCGGCAACUUCUUGAUCUAUCUCUUCCUCCUGGCUCCAGACCCGGAACAAGUCCAAGCCACCUUUCAGCUGCUCGAACGAUUUCACGACUCACUGCAGCGGCUUAGUGCCGCGGCGGACGAGGUGUCCAUACACCUCCUGAGACCCGUCGCCCUGCGCAUCGACUCUUUCUUCUCACAAGCGGCACAGAUCAUGCGAACAGGUGCGGCCGCACCAAUCUCACCUAUUCCGUCCCCUCAUUACGAGUUUCACCCCAUCGGCCGAUCGGUCAACCAAAGCCAGUGCGUCCCCUCCAAUAUCUUCUUCCCCGCGUUUGGUGAUGAUGCGAUCGAUCCCAUGAACUCUCCCAGUGUGACAGGCCUGAAAUACAAGCCCCUCAGUUACGCACCCGAGCUGCAGUAUUGGGAGUCCAACACGCGAUCUAGUUUAGGCAUACAAAAGAUCACACGGUCCGCAAAGAUGGGCUCCGACAGUAUUGCUGAGCAAGAUCUUGCCAUCCCCGUUAUCGACUUUGCGCCGAUGCGGAGUGGGAAUCCCGAGGACGCCGCAGCGGUGGGGAGGAAGGUUUAUGAGGCGUUCAGGGACGUUGGGUUUGCUUACAUCAAGAACCACGGCAUUCCUCAAGAGACAGUCGACGAGGCAUUUCAAUGGAGCGCCAAAUUCUUCGCCCUCCCCCAAGCCGUAAAGGACAAGGCACCACACCCCCCGUACGGAUGGUGGCACCGCGGAUACUCGGGCGUCGGCCGUGAAAAGGUGGUGCAGAUGGUCUUUGACGAGCAGAGCAUCGGCGAGCUGCGCAAGGUGCCCGACUUCAAGGAGUCCUUUGAGCUCGGGCGCGAGACGGACGAGAAGACGAAGAACAUCUGGCUGCCCGAGGAGGACCUGCCCGGCUUUCGCGCCUUCUUCAACAAGUUCUACGAGACGGGCUACCAGCUCGAGCUGCAGCUGCUGCGCGCCAUCGCCAUCGGCAUGGGCCUCGACGAGAAGUUCUUCUGGGAGUACCACACAAAGGGCGACAACCAGGUCCGCCUGCUGCACUACCCGCCCGUGGAGGAGGAGCUGCUGCGCGGUGGCAAGAUGGAGCGCAUCGCUGCCCACACCGACUUUGGCACCAUGACGAUGCUCUUCCAGGACCAGGUCGGCGGCCUCGAGGUCGAGGACAUCCAUGAGAAGGGCAAGUUCAACCCGGCCCCGUACGUACCCGGAGCCAUCGUCGUCAACAUUGGUGAUUUCCUGCAGCGCUGGAGCAAUGACGAGCUCAAGUCCACUCUGCACAGGGUGCGGGCGCCGCCCCUGACCGAUGACCAGGGUGGUGUGGGUAAGGGAAAGAUCACCCGUGCUCGUUAUUCGAUCCCGUACUUUGUGACUGCGGACAGGGAAAAGACUAUCGAUUGCCUGCCCGGCUGCUGGGGCCCAGACCGGCCCAAGAAGUACGAGCCAAUCAACAGUCAUGAGUAUAUCUCUAUGCGGCUCAACGCUACCUAUUAG